UGAUGACCACGAUGGGGAGGAACAGGUCACCACCCGCCGGUAAGCUGAGGAACAAAAGGCAGACGAAGAAAGCCAGGGUUGCUGAUCCCUUGGAGGAAGAAAGAUCAUGCAUCUAUGUUCUUGUCCAGGAUGCUCUCGCAAAAGAGUUCUGGUUUGCAAUUGAUUUAAAUGCUGCCAACAGGAAAGAUGGCUGCGGCGGCGGGCGUGCAGGUGCUGGUCUUUGCGCUCGGAAACUGGAGAUGCGAUAUCCACUCCAAGGCGUCCACCUUGUUACUUUCGGUUCAUAUAUGACCCUGAUUUACGGUUUGGGAGGCGAUAUCUUGGUGCCUGACCCAUCGUGUUGUUCCCUUGGACGCCAGAAAAUCUUGCGCUCCAUCUACUUCUACGACACAGCAAAUCCGGCAAGGGGGUGGGUCAGAGGUCCUGAUAUGAUUGCAACCAGACGUGAGCCCCGUCACCAAGUAGUUGACGGCAAGCUUUGCGUGCUGGGAGGGAUAGCCUUUUCUGAUGAUGAAUUGGAUUGUUGUGAUCAACCUCGUUAUGUAUGGGCUGAGUAUCUGGAUUUGUCGCUGCCCUUUUCGGAUUGGAAAUGGCAUCCAGUGGAUGUACCACCUGGCGACUCUGGCGGCCUUCUUUCGGAGUGGAAAUCUCUCUCAGCCUCUAAGUUUCCUCUGAUGAAGGGAAAAUUUGAUCCCCAGCGCCACGUCUUGGCUCACAUAGGUUGGCCUCAGCGAAUUACUGUAUGCUAUGAUGUCCAUAGUAAAUUAUUGAGUAGAGUUUCUGAUUCUGGUGCGCUGAGCUCGUAUUCUGCGCAUGCCAUGUUUGUGGACGGCGACUACGUAUUCAUACCUGACGCAACAGCGGUGCUAGCCAUGGGGGUGUUUCACGACGACAAAGACACGCGCUCAGCACCUUGGUUCCAGGGUUUUGUCCGGGGUAUGUACGGAAAUUGUGGUCGCCUUCCUCCUCCUCGUUUUCGCGGUAUUUGUCCCGAAGACCCUGAUGCAUUUCUGCUCGUGCCAAUUGCUCCCUUCAAAUAUGCUACGGUUUGGUCCCCUGAUCUCAAGGAGGAACCCUGUGAUGUUAGGCUGUCUGUGUUCACUGUUUCUCCUCCUGCCUCUCCUCGUCUCAAUAGCACCACUUUGCGUGCUCGUUUUGAGGUAUCAGAUGAGCAUCUUCCCCUGGGGUUGCCACUGAAUGUACGCGUUUUGGCGGCUGUUGCAGUACUCCCUGCUUCCCUGUCAAGGCAUGAUCUAUCCAUGGAUGCUGUUUUGACAGAAGCAUCAGUGGAGAAGUUGUGGUGGUGGCGUUUGGUUGGAUUAAAGGAGGGUGGGAUGGGACUAGAGGCAACGCCAUCAUGGUGAGAGAAAUCACAUCAGAAUCUAGAAGGGAAAGAACAGGGGACCAGCAGUAUGGAGACGGACUAGGUUUUAAGGACCACUGAUAUAUGUCUCAGCAUGUAACUAUGUCUGCUUAACUAUCAAGAUGUUCACCUUUUGCCUGCUUUGUAUUUUGGUGAAUCAAUUAGAGAGCUUGGUUGAAAGUCCAAGGCAAUAUUGCGUUGUAGAUUGGUUUUUA